AUGCAUGUUCUUCUACUCGGCGGUCAUGGCAAAGUAGCCCUUCACCUUACUCCACUCCUCCUCAACCGGGGCUGGAGCGUAACCAGCGUCAUCCGCAACCCUGCGCACGAAAGCGAGAUUCUAGAGCUGGGCCAAGGCCACAAGGGCAACCUCAAGGUGUUACUAUCGAGUCUAGAGGAUGUCAAGAGUUCCUCCGACGCUCAAAAAAUCAUCAACACCGUUGUACCGGACUAUGUCGUCUGGUCGGCUGGCGCCGGCGGAAAAGGCGGUGCAGCACGCACAAUCGCGAUCGACCAAGAAGCAGCGAAGCACUUCAUAACAGCAUCAUUUGCAUCACCAAGUGUAAGCAAACUCCUCCUGGUGUCGUACCUAGGCAGUCGACGCAAGCAGCCGAGCUGGAUGCCGGACGAUCAAUGGGCGGGUAUAGUGAAGGUCCAGACGGAAGUGCUGCCGACGUACGCGAAAGCCAAGCUAGAAGCCGACGAGUACAUGACAGCGCUGGCUGCACAGCGGAAGCGCGAGCCUGGACCGGCGCGGCCUUUCCAGGCUAUCAAUCUGCGGCCUGGGAUUCUGACUGAUCAGCCUGCGACGCGGAAAGUCGAGCUGGGGAUCACGCCUAAGGGUGACGGAAGUGUUACUCGGGAGGACGUGGCGAUUGUGGCGGAUCUUUUGCUUGCUAGGGCUGAUACGGAGGGAUGGAUUGAUCUUGUUAAUGGGGAUGAGGGGGUUGAAGAGGCUGUUGAGAGGGUUGCAAGGGAGAAGGUUGAUGCUGUUGUUGGGGAGGAUGUUGAGGGUAUGGUCAAGAGGUUUUUUCCUUAA